CUCAUGUAAGCAACCGACUAGAUUUAGGAAACGAGUGUGUCUAUAAAUAGGGAUUCGAUCUCAUUGUUUUUUCUUCCCCACCCGAAGAUUUCUUGGCCAACGUUUCUGUUUUCUCCCAGGGAUUUCCAGCAGCCAGCCGUCUUCCUUCUCUUCUUCAAAAGACAGGUGGCCACAUACUCUAAUUCUUACAAAAACUGGUUUAGUAGACUUCUCAUUGCCGUGAAUAGCUGCCUCUAGUUAUCUUUCCCAUGACAGUCCAUAUGAACAUGGAGUUUGAGGGUGAUGAUGAUUAUGAUGAGUAUGUUCCUGUGGCAAAACGAAGGGCACUUGAGGCACAGAAGAUCUUGCAGUGGAAGGGGAAAUCUGCACCGUCAGAAAAGGAAGCUGAAGCUGAAAAGACAAAACAAUUUGAGGCAAAACCAAGUUUGCUUGUGAAAGCUACUCAACUGAAGAAGGAAAUGCCAGAGGUGAGUGUGGUUGAGCAAAUGGUUCAGCAAGAGAAAGAAAUGAUUCAGCAUCUCUCUGAUAGGAAGACUCUGAUGUCAGUGCGUGAACUUGCAAGAGGGAUUACUUACACAGAUCCUAUGCUCACUGGUUGGAAGCCCCCAUUAGGCAUCAGAAGGAUGCGAAAAAGAGCCCGUGACACCAUUCGUAAAAAGUGGCACAUUAUUGUGGAUGGGGAUGAUAUCCCUCCGCCCGUUAAAAGAUUUAAAGAUAUGAGGUUUCCCGGACCGAUUCUGGACAAGCUUAAAGCUAAAGGAAUCAUCCAACCAACUCCAAUCCAAGUACAAGGAUUGCCUGUUAUUCUGUCUGGAAGAGAUAUGAUCGGAAUAGCAUUUACAGGUUCCGGAAAGACGUUGAUUUUCGUUCUUCCACUUAUCAUGGUGGCACUACAGGAGGAGAUAAUGAUGCCUAUUCUGCCUGGAGAAGGGCCGUUUGGAUUAAUCAUUUGUCCUUCUAGAGAGCUAGCACGACAGACAUAUGAAGUUAUAGAAGAGUUUCUAGAGCCUCUAAGGGAGGCUGGGUACCCUGAGAUAAGACCUCUAUUAUGUAUUGGAGGAAUUGACAUGAAGUCCCAGCUAGAUGUGGUGAACAAAGGAGUUCAUAUUGUGGUUGCUACACCUGGAAGACUUAAAGAUAUGCUUGCUAAAAAGAAAAUGUGCCUUGACAAUUGCAGAUAUUUAACACUAGACGAAGCAGACAGAUUAGUAGACCUCGGUUUUGAAGAUGACAUCAGGGAAGUUUUCAAUCAUUUUAAAUUCCAAAGGCAAACUCUACUUUUUUCCGCCACAAUGCCUAUAGAGAUCGAAAACUUUGCGAGAAGUGCUUUGGUUAAACCCAUAACAGUGAAUGUGGGAAGAGCUGGAGCGGCUAACUUAGAUGUUGUCCAAGAAGUAGAGUAUGUGAAGCAGGAGGCAAAGUUGAAUUACCUUCCUGACUGUUUGAAGAAAACGCCCCCUCCGGUUUUAAUAUUUUGUGAGAAUAAAGCUGAUGUGGAUAAAGUAUAUGAGCACAUGCUACUGCAAGGAGUGGAAGCUGUUUCUAUUCAUGGAGGGAGGGACCAAGAAGAGAGGGAGCAUGCAAUUUCAUCAUUUAAAUCAGGGAAGAAGGAUGUGUUGGUGGCAACUGAUGUUGCCUCAAAAGGGCUGGAUUUUCCUGACAUUCAGCACGUGAUAAACUACGACAUGCCUGCUGAAAUUGAGAACUACGUCCAUAGGAUCGGGCGUACAGGUAGGUGUGGUAAAACUGGACUUGCCACAACUUUCAUAAACAAUACUCAGAGCCCGACAACACUUCUUGAUCUCAAACGCCUCCUGCAAGAAGCUAAGCAAAGGAUUCCUCCAGUUCUUGCUGAACUUGAAACUCCUGGGGAAGGUGUUGAUGAUGCCAUCAUCACCAAUGCAAGCGGGGUCAAAGGCUGCGCCUACUGUGGUGGUCUUGGUCAUCGCAUUUGUGAUUGUCCCAAGUUUGAGCAUCAAAAGAGGCAGCAGAUAGCCAAUCAAAGGAGGGUCUUCUUCGGGUCUGGCGGCUAUGGAGGAGAGAUUUGAUACGCCUUUUACUUUAUUCAUUCAUUCAUUCAUAUGUUAUUAUACCCAUUUAGUAACUUAGUGUAUAUCUUCUACGGUAUUGCAACCGUUCUCUGCCAAUACUGCAUGUGCUAUAUUUAAGAACAUUCCUAUACAGUUAGAUAUAGGCUAUAUAUAAUAUGCACUAUAUAUAUGAAUUAUCAAUAUAAUAUUAUUCUAAAAAUAAUAAUAUCAUACAUACUAUUGUAAUAUUAAAAGAACUGCUUGUGACUUAUGAACACCCUCAAUGAUAGACAAAAAUUGUAAUUCAAAAAUCAAUUCUUUAUUUCUAUAA